AUGAACUCUAAGUUUGACUAAUACGACACCGAGUAUCUCGUUCAGCAAUUCUACAAGAUGAAGGAGAUCUAUGAAAAUGAUGAGGCCAUUGCUCAAGAUAAGGGUAAGCUUGCCACUAUGAGAAAGGCCUUCGAUAGUUACGACAAGGAUCAUAACGGAGUACUCGACAGAAGAGAAGUAGUCGACCUACUCACCAAUCACUUCAAGGAGCAAGGCAUCAAGAGAAGACCAACCAAGGCAGACGUUGAUCAAUUCUUCGAUAAUCUUGACGAAGACCACUCAGGAGUCAUUGACUUUGAUGAAUUCAAGCACUUCCUUAUUGAUAACAUGAGAAAGAAGCUUCUUGGGCCCCUUGAAUCCUACCUCACUGGCCAAAGAGGAGUUAAGUUCUGA